ACGAUAGCAGAACGUUCUAAGAAGAUAAUUGACACGAUGAUGUCAAUAUUAUUGCAUUAUGGCACAUUUUGACUGGUUAUGAACAUGUUCCCAAUGCCGCAUGAUUAUGUUGUUUUUUUGGCAUAUACUUGACCAGCAGCAACAAAGAGGCGCGACGCGACUAAUGAACGCAGCUGACCCGUCGCUCGCGCUCGCAGGUAAGCGCGCGUCGCUCUCCGUGCGGUUUCUCACCGUGUCUGAACGGGUUUGACGCGCGUCGUCACUCAUCGGGUUAAAGAAGGCAAUUAUUCAAAUCCUGCAGCACUUCCACCGGAUCCGGGCUGCGGUAUCAUAGCAACAACACCCGAGAAGCGGCGCAACAUCAGCCGCAGUAACGGCGGAGCCCGAACCCGGAGCAGAACCCCGGCGCGCGCGACACUCCCCGCAGAAGAGCGCGAGACGGGCGCGCGGUUUGCGCGGGAAGACUCCUGACUGGAAAUACUGGAAAUAACGAACUUAACGCGCAAAAUGCUCUCUUCUGAAGAGAGAAAGUUUGCGUUUCGUUGCACGGAUACGAAUUUAUUUAUCGUAUUCACGGAUGAUUAAUUGAGCAGCAUCAUGAUCGCCACAGGGGGUCUGCUGCGGAUAUCUGCCAGGAGACAGGACUCGCUCCGCGCCAAGAACCGAGCCGAGAACAAGCGCAAGAGGAAAGAGAAGAAAAAGAGGAAGAAUGAGGUGGUGGUGGUGAAAGGAAAGCUGAAGCUGUGCUCUGUGUCUGGACUGGUCGCUGCUGUGGGGAUCCUGGUGCUUCUGGUUGGAGUGGCCAUGGCUGUGUUGGGCUACUGGCCCAAAGAGAGUCCACUGUACCCAGGACUGAUGACCACACAGGACUCUCCGAGGACUUACGAGAGCCGAGGAUCACUCAAUGUGACCGGCAGACCGCCUUGGGAUCUCCUAGAUCAAGACUUCAGGAGCUCUAAUGGGACUGCUGAGCUGGAUCCACCUAAACUGGGAGCGUUCACUGCAUUUAUCAACAGAUACCUGUACUCAGACAAGAUGAAGGUGUUCGGACCUUUAAUCAUGGGCAUCGGGAUCUUCCUAUUCAUCUGUGGCAAUGCAGUACUUCAUGAAAACAGAGACAAAAAGACUAAAAUCAUUAACCUCAGAGACAUCUACUCAACGGUGAUUGACAUUCAUAGUCUGCGGAGCAAGGAGUCGGCGCCGCUCAACGGAUUCAUGAACUUCUGCCAAGCGAAAGACACCAAACCGAACGGUUCCCCUCAUAAGAGCUCCUGGCCGUCUCCAGGGUCUGAGCGACACGACGCAGGAAGCAUGAUCCAAUCACGUCGUCCAUCUACCACCAUCCCACCAUUCUUGUCUUUGGAAAGACAGAGCUUUACGAACACCGUCUACAGUAUCUAUCAAGAUCAGAACCGAAUCAGCACGGCGGAGCCUGAGCUAAAGCAAUGGGAAACCAGGACCAUCGUGUCAACUUCGGUCAACGCUUUCACGCUUCCAAUGAUGAAGCUCAACCACCGAGGAGCUUCAGAGAGAAGGGGUUCGGAUAAAACCGGAGAGGCCAAACGAGAGUUCCUGGACGCCGAGGCCAUUUGCAGACGUUUAGAGGAUCUGGUAGCAUCCAGGACCAUCACGAAGGCCAAAGUGGAACCUGCUCAAACUCAUCCCGAGCUUCUACAGGAUUCGGUGGAGGUUUACAGGAGCAGGGGGAGUUUACAAGGAGCUCCUCGCGUCUCUCUGCAGGGUUCCCAGGUUCAGCUGCUCUUGUCCAGUUCUCCGAGUCGCAAGGCCACCGGAUCGCACCUGUCCUUGAGCGCUCUGUCUGACCUCUCCAGGUGUAUGGAUCUGGACAUCUGUCCGUCCAGUCCUCCAGUGGUGCGAUCGAGACGGCUCAGCUGUCCUCGGCUGGAGGGACUCAGCAGCGGAGGCUACACCAAACUUGAAGGCCUUGGCGGCGAAUCCUUCGAGUCCACAGACAACGCCACGCUCAGUCGAGAGAGCUCCGCUGAGGUUUUGGGAAAGGAGCGGGAGCUUCAUGAUGAGACGCUUCGGCAGGAGUGUACCACGACCAGACAGUACUCAAAGAAACAGAAACUCAUAAUGGUUUCCCAGUCGGACACCACUUUAGAAGAUGUGGACAGUGUGGAGGUUUAACUUGGGUGAUUCGCUGUUGGCUGAUGCAGUGAACACAAUCCAGACGUGUGUGUUAGAUCCAAAGCCUCUCAGUCUGUUUCCUCAAGCUAAAACCCGAUGGGAAACAAGAAACGUUCGGCAUGAUAGCACAGCUAUGCUCCACUAGCUUAAAAAAUGACUUUAUACUUCCAGUAGUAGUUUACUUGUGGCUCUUUUGGUUUAUCAGUGAAGUCUGGCUGAAGUCUGAGCAGCAUGUUUUAUACUGUCACCUACUUGCACUUUUUUUAACCACCAAAUUAUCAAUUAUUUUUAGAAAUUGACUAAAUAGCAAUAUCUCAUUUGAAAUGUUCCCUGCUUGUGUGGGAAAUGUUUAUGUUUGCAUUUUGCCUCCGAGAUGUUAACUACACUUGUAUGCUGUCAGUUUCAGUUCGUUUGAUUUGAGCUCGAAUGAGUCGAAUCCUGACGUUAGCUAGCACCGUGGUUCAGUACUGUCUAAAAUGUAAUGUCCAUUACAGUAUAUUUAAAAUAUCAUGAGAGUGUAGUUUUGGGGUCGAUUAUAUAACAGUGUGUCUUCAAAGCAGAUCUCAUUUAGCUCGAGAGAAGGACUAAUGCUGCGUUCCAUUGGAAAUCAGAUGUUCCUGCUUAAUAUCUCCAUCCUUAAAGAGAUUUUCCUCACAGUUCUGACUUUAAUUCUCACAGUUCAUGGAUCUAGUGAGUUUUAUCUAUGUCACGACUAUCUAUGUCAGUUUAUAUCUCACGAUACUGACUUUUAUCUCUUGAAUUGUGGGAAACAGAGUCAAGAAUUGUAAGAUAUUAACUCAGAAUUGUGAGAAUUCUGGGUAAAGUUUUGGCUUCUGAAAUAUGCUUGCAUGAGUUUGCGCAGGCGUGAAUGAAAGUGGCAUGUUUCUGAGCUGAAUGGAACGCAGUAGUUUAAUGAACAGAUGCUCAUGUUGGAGUUUGUCUUUGUCACAGUGUUGAAAUAUAAUGAUAAACUCUUCUAACGCUUC